AAACAUCAAAGUGUAACAAAAUCAUAUAGUCGCAAAAAGAUUUAUAAGGGAAUUUAAACUGAUUUUAUUAAGUAAUUAGUACUGUGAUUUAUUUAAUUAAACUUAAUUCCAUUUUACAUGGCUGAAGAUCAAAAGAUUCAAACAUAUUCUGUAACUAAUAGUUGGUGGCGAAGUGAUUUACUUCGUUGGUCUAGUUAUAAUUGCGAGAUGCUGAGGCAAGCGGAGAAGGCAAUAAUGAAAUUCAUAAAGCGUCCCUAUCGUGGAUUUUUUGUAGAUAUAGGGAGCGUUGUUGGUGAAAGUGACAAAAUAUGGACAGUAGCUUUAAACGAAUCCAGUGACAAAACUCCUCUUGUGAUGCUUCAUGGACUUGGGGCUGGAACAGGAUUAUGGGUAAUGAAUUAUGAUACAAUUUCAAAAAAUCGUCCCGUCUAUGCGAUUGAUCUCCUUGGUUUUGCAAGAAGUUCUCGUCCAACUUUUGACAAAGAUCCUCAAAUCAUUGAAAUGCAGUUUGUUAAAUCUAUUGAAGAAUGGAGGAAGGAAGUGAAUAUAGAUAAAAUGAUUCUUGCUGGACAUUCUUUUGGAGGAUUUUUGGCUUCAGCAUAUGCUCUAAAACAUCCAAAUAGAAUUCAUCAUUUAAUCUUAGCUGACUCCUGGGGUUAUCCUCCCCAACCAGAAAAUGUCAAUCAAAAGUACAACAUCCCAUUUUGGGUAAAAGGAAUAGCAUAUUUGAUUCAACCAUUAAAUCCACUUUGGGCUGUUAGAGCUGCUGGACCUUUUGGACAUUGGGUUGUUGAAAAGACAAGACCAGAUAUCAUGAAAAAAUUUAACUCAAUUGUCAAAGAUGAAAAGGCUAUUUCUCAAUAUAUUUAUCAGUGCAAUGCCCAAAGUCCUUCCGGGGAAUCAGCAUUUCAUUCCUUAAUGAGUGGAUUUGGAUGGGCAAAAAAUCCAAUGAUGAAUAGAAUUCACGAGAUGGACGAAAGUAUCCCAAUAACUCUAAUUUACGGCUCUAAAAGUUGGGUUGAUAAUGCUUCCGGUGAUAUUAUUAAGAAAACUAGACCAAAUAGCUAUGUUAAGAGUUAUAUUAUCAACCAAGCUGGGCACCACGUUUAUGCCGAUAGACCUGAAGAAUUUAAUUCAAUCAUUGUUGAAACAUGUGACUUAAGUGACAACGACAUUACUACUAAGGAUAAAGAGAGUAAAAACGACGAUUUAUCAGAAGAAUGAUAUUUACUUGCUUAGGUGUAAAUAGCUUAAUUAUAUAUAUAUAAUCAAAAAGAUCGCUUUAAAUGAAAGGCAUAUCUAUAUUUUUAAUUUUUAAGAAUAAAUAAACAAAGCCUUGAAACAUUACUUUAAUAAGCA